AUGCAAGCCAACAAUUGCACAGCUGUGAAUGAAUUAGUGAUUGUGGGAUUUCAGAACCUACAUGAAUUUAGAAUUCCAUUUUUCUGCUUUUUACUAUUGACUUAUUUUGUGACCUACUUAGAAAACGCCCUGCUCAUUAUAUUGGUAAUUACCAGCGUUAGCCUGCAGACACCUAAAUAUGUCCUUUUAAGCCUGUUGUCCUUGUGUGAAAUUCUUUAUGUUACAAAUUUAAUACCAAAGAUGCUCCAUGACAUCAUAGUAGAAGGAGGAAUCAUUACUCUCUUUGGUUGCAUUGCUCAACUGAACAUAUUUGGAACAUUAGGAUCUGUCGAGUGCUUGCUCUUUGCGCUGAUGUCUUAUGAUCGAUAUGUUGCAAUCUGUAAACCAUUAAGAUACUCUGCUCUGAUAAACAAUUGGCUUUGUCUUUAUUUGGGCAUUGCCUUUUGGAUUAUGUCCUUCAUGUUUGUUCUGAUAGUAUCAAUAUUACUAGGAAGGCUAGAAUACUGUGGCAGUAAUAUCAUUAAUCACUUUUAUUGUGACUAUGGUCCCCUGUUGGCACUUUCACACUCAGACAUUCAGCUUACAAUACUGAUGACAACUGUGAUUAGUGCAUUAUUAACCCUUUUACCAUUUAUUCUGAUUAUUUUAUCCUACACAUGUAUUCUUUAUACGAUCAUAAAAAUACAGUCUUCAAUAGGAAGGCAGAAAGCCUUCUCCACUUGCAGUUCUCACCUUUUAGUGGUUACAAUUUACUAUGGAACACUCACGAGUAUCUACAUUAUUCCAUCUGGGGCAAAUUCAACUCACAUUAAUAAAGGAUUAUCUUGGUCAAAAGUUAUUUCUCUCCUCUAUAUUAUAGUUAUUCCAAUGCUCAAUCCUCUAAUAUAUAGCUUGAGAAAUUCAACAAUUAAAAAUGCCAUAAAAAGACUAAUACAUUUUAACAAGACUUCCUAA